CAUUCCGAGACGAUCUCUUCCUCGGGUCGGCAUUGUUGACGAGGAGGUGUGACCAAUUGAACCUUGCACUUCCAACAUCGUGACUGGAUUGGUGAACUAGGCGGCUCUUGAAGGUGGCUGUGUUCAAGCUCAGGGUGGGAGGGUGCAAGGCCAUAAACCGAGGGGACAUGGCUCAGCAAAUGGAAGAGGCGCCUAAGCCAAAUGACGGAAGUCCAAGAGACUAACAACGAGAACGGGCCUUAACUUGGUCUGCGGUUAAGCCCCAACUUUUCCACUUUCACUGUACGGAGAACGGAGUACCAAAAACCAAGAAGUGCUGAGGGAGAAAGACGACGCCGCCAAUCAGGACUUGAGAAUUGUCGCCUUACCGCUUCGGAAAGCUUGGCCGAGGCUUGACCUUCGCUUGCUUGCGCCGAACCUGCCCUGCACACUUAUUUUUUGCAAGCACAGGCACCUCCACCAGCACAAUCCCAAUUCCAUUUUGUGCGCAUAGAACGGCCAUCAAUCACCUGAUCAACCUCUUCGCGAGCCCCUAUUCUUCAUUCCUAGGACUCGGUUGCGAAGGUGACGGCGAGUUGGAUCGUUCAGCGCGCGAAACCGAGUCACUGGCCGAGCGGUUAGUGAGGAAAACAAAUAUAAAAUUUGUGUGAGGGAACAUAUCUCUCAAGCAAAGAAAAGCUGGAUUAUCAACCCGAGAUGGCGCUUUCUCGCGUGCCUGGGGAUGACGAGAUCUACGUUAGUGGGUAUGUCUUGUCGGUGUUUUGCUGUUCUGCAUUCUCUUCUCCAAUCUCCUCUGUUUGCAUUUCUAUCUAAGCUUCAGGUGUGAAUCCACACGUGAUAGCACAACGCCUCUUCCAGGUUUCGUUCUUCUAUUUUCUGAGUUUUAUUAGUGUCAUUUCUUUAGCUCGUACGAGCUCGAUCGUGUCCCCUUUCGGCAUGGCCUUCUAGUCAGAUUUCUAUCAAAAAGUUUGACGUGGUGAACAUCGACGUUCAUGAUUUAAUCAAUAUUGAUCACACUCAGGAGGACACUGCGCUAACAAUCCCCACAGGGUCUUUGCCCUUCGUCGUAAGUCAGCCCUUGAGCGCUGUGGUAUCACACAUAUUCUCUCAAUUUUAGUCUAUGACUUCAAGGACUACCAAGACUUGGACAAAUACAAGCAUCUUCAGAUCGAUGCUUUGGAUGUCGAGGACGAAAAUUUGCUUGGUGAGUUUGAAAAGACGGGCAAGUGGAUUGAGGAAGCCUUGACGAAUGGAGGGAAAGAUGGAGCUCCGGGUAGGGUCCUUAUUCAUUGGUAAGUUACAUUGUUUUAAUUACUACUCAGGGCAUGAGAGAAGAUACAUAUUGUAAUUGCUUUCUGAUUGCAGAUUCUCCCCAUUGGGUGUUUUCUCAGAUGCAGGAUGGGUCUCAAGAGUACUUUCCUCCGUCUCAAGUUUUCAGUUUAAUUAACUAUAUUAGUGCUAUGGGAAAGUCUCGAAGUGUUACGGUAACGAUCGCAUUUCUACUUCGGAAGUAUCCUCAGCUCUCAGUUGAUUCCGCCCUGGAAAUGAUCAGGCAAGAACGACCCUUAGCUGAGCCCAAUGACGGUUUCAUGGCACAGUUGGAAUUGUACAAAGAGAUGGGCUGCCCAAGAGACAUUGAUGAGCACCCAAAAUAUCAACGCUGGUUGUAUAGGAGAACGGUAGAUGAGGCACUUGCCGCUGGCUCUGCUCCAGAAAUGAUCAGGUUCGAGGACGAGGUGAAGCAGGAGAAUACCGAAGGCAGUGAAAAGGAGCUGCGGUGUAAAAGAUGUCGGUAUGUCUUGUUUUUGAAUCACUAUACAUUUCUCACAAAGAGAGACAAAUGGGUACUAAGUCUUUUAGACGCACUUUGGCAACAACUACAUACCUGAUUCCCCAUGCCCCGGCCUCAACCACGCCCUCUGGAUCAACAAAAAAUUCUGCGUCAACAACCUGCACACAUCACUUCCUCCACCCGCUGUCAUGGAUGCGUCCAACACUCUCCCCAGAAAUCGAAGAGGAUGGCGGACCCGGUCCACUCACUGGCCGGCUUGAAUGCCCUAAUCUCAAAUGCCUUGCUCAAGUCGGGCGUUUCGCAUGGCAAGGAAUGAGAUGCAGUUGCGGCGUUUGGGUAUGUCCGGCAUUCUCAUUGCAGAAAGGGAGAGUCGACGAAGUGAUAUACAAAGGCAAGGUAGAAGACGUAGGUAUUGGUCCUCAGGCAUCGACUGCUAUGGCAAGGGGAGCUUCAGAUGAUGCAAAUGUGGUUGCGAAGAUGAGGGGUUUAAGCAUUCGACUUCCACCAGGGAUGAAAACUGCCCAGGGUAGUAAACCUAGCGAGAAUCUAUGAUAGGAUACAUCGAUGUUCCGGGUAUGAUUCCUUUCCGUGCUGACCCUUUUUGUCCUGGGUCUCACGGCCCGUUCAUCUCGCCGAUCUGGCUAAGCGAAAUCGCGGAAUGGGAAGUGAAGGGUUCUUCAAACCCAAGGCCGAGAGGAAGGGGGUAUUGUGUAUCACCGUGCCGUUGUGGUACCUAAGGUUACCUUGCUGACAGAGAGACGAGAUGGUGUUAUUGUAAAGUCCCUUUCAACGCCACGGUCUUGCGCGGGUGAUCCGGUAGAUGUAAAUCUCACAUCAUCAAUACACAAAGAAGAGGCUGAGCUGAGAAUUCGUACAUUUUAUUUGAUCUCAAUCCCG